ACAAACCUUUAGCCGUGCCCAGUGCAGUUACACCCUCCCAAGGAGAGGAAGGGCACUUAGUGUUAAAGAAAUGAACAAUAAAACAACCAUCACACUGGUGGCUGGGGUGGGAGGUUAAUUGUGACCGAGCUUCCUUGAUUUGUUCAGGAAUAAUAGGAUUGGAGCCAGACAAGUAUAGGGCUGGGGUUGGGCGGUGUGAGGUCAGUGACGUUGUCAACCCUGGGUCUCAACUGUUUCCUGUCAGCCUGGCCUGGGUGGUACUGACAGAGGGAGGGAGAAAGGAGUCGGUUCAGUCUAAACUGGGUUCUGGAGUUCCUUGCUUCAGGAUUAAGCUGAAAGUCUUACAGUAGACUUCCCCUGUACACUCCUGCCCAGAGGAAAGAACAGGGGGAUACGGUUUCCACAACAAUGGAAAUUCAAUCAGGAAAUGGAGAGGAGUUGGAGGUGGUGAGUGGCGAGUCAAUAGUGACCCCGGGGUCCGUUUCCUCCUCGCCAUAUCUCUCUGGCCCUCAGGCAGACGGCACGGACCACCAAGUACUCCGGGAGGACCUCCAGGCUGCCAAGACCAUUGAGAGAUUUGACAUCCCUCUGAGUAGCUUGAAGAGGAUGUUUGAGAAGCCCCCAGGAGCAACAAACACCGAAGUGAGAGCCGUACAGUCUAGCACAUCUAGAAGAGCCCCAGCCAGUAGCUACCAGCUGGACCAGAAGAGCGACCCAUCACCUGGUGAGAACAUGGCCUCAACUCAAGAACCCAGCCUCUCUGCGGGCAGCGCGGGUGGAACCAGGUCAGGACGUCCUGAGGAAAGGGAAGGGGUGGCGAGUCAGAGGAAAGGAGACGGAGGAACGCCCACCAGCGAGGAGCCGGAGUCCGUGUCACUAAAGGAACGCAUGGCCAUGUAUCAGGCUGCCGUGUCCAAGAAGGAGGCCAGCAGCUCAUCCGCCACGGUUAUGGAGGAGUCUGAAGCCUGUUCUCUGCCAGGGGGUCUGGCCAGCGUGAAGAAACAGUUUGAGAGCCAGGAGUACGCCUCAUCCUCCCAGUCCCAGACCAGUGUUACUCAGAUCCACGUAGAAAAGAGAUCCGUGCAGGAGGUGUCCAGCUCACAGGAGGUGACAGUGAGAAGCAGUGUCAGAGAGGUCAUUCCCACCACUCAGCAAGUGGCCUACUUCCAUGACCAGGAGGUGACUCAUGAUCAAAGAGGUCAACAAAGCAACGUGGCCUCCAGUUAUGAAAACCAUUAUGAUGAAACAGUUAAGGUCAUAGGAGGAGAGGACUUACCAAAGGUCUCCACUCAGGCUUUGAAGCAGCAGUAUGAGAAGACGAUCGAACAGGCCACGCCGGGCAAGCAAAUCAAGAUUGAUCUGGAUUAUAACCAGUUUCAAUGGGCACCGGUAAACCAGUCCUCCUCAGCAGCAGCUAUCUAUGAAAGUUUGUCCACGGUGAAACAGUCGUCCAGGGCUUCAGCAGCAACGAGCUAUGAAACCUCAUCCACUAUCAGGACAGGGGUUGUCUCUUCAUCUACCGCUGCCUCAGCCUCAUCCAAUACCAGGACAGGGGCUGUCUCUUCCUCUACCCCUGCCUUAGCCUCAUCCAAUAUGAGGACAGGGGUUGUCUCUUCCUCUACCGCUGCCUCAGCCUCAUCCAAUAUCAGGACAGGGGCUGUCUCUUCCUCUUCCGCUGCCUCAGCCUCAUCCAUGGAUUAUGAGACCAUGGAGCACUUCCCUCCUCCACCCGCUGAACUAAUGCCCCAGGAGGCCCCCGAGUGCUGUGACUCUCUGCCGCCUCAGGAGCAGGCUGGCCAACAGAGAUACAUCUUCAACAAAGAGCAGUACUCCAAGCAGAGGAACCUCAAUGAGCUGAAGCGCCUGUACAAGCACAUGCACCCAGAGGUUCGGAGGACCAUGGAGAAUGAUUACUUCACCGACGUCACAGAGAUCGAGCAGUCACAGCUGGAUAGUGAAGAUGAGAUGACCGGGGAAGUCCAGCAGGCUUGCUAUGUGUUUGAGAACAGUGGUGGGGAUGAAUGUAUGAGCCCUGAGGGAGAUUACCUGGAGUGGGAUGAGAUCCUUAAAGGGGAGGUGCAGUCCAUGCGCUGGAUGUUUGAGAACAAGCCGCUGGAUACCAUUAAAGAUGACACCCCAGAUGAGGAUGAUGAAGUGAAUAACAUUGCUGAGCAGGAAAUCAUUGCAGGAAGUGAUGUCAAAUACACAGCCUGGAUGUUUGAGACCCAGCCCAUGGAUGCGCUGCGUGCAGACACCCCAGACUCCACCGUACAGACAGGGAAAUUGACCGAGCUAGCGAGAGGAGAUGUACGAACAGCCACCUAUCUUUUCGAGACCCAGCCACUGGAUUGUCUGAAUAAAUUCUACCAGGAGGAUGAGCAAGCCUUGGAGGUUGUCUUCACUAAAGAUAUUACAGGAGGGGACGUGAAAACGGCCAGGUAUCUGUUUGAAACGCAACACUUGGAUUCCCUCAGCCACACAGAGACCAUUGAGGAGAGCCACUUCUUGAACCUGAAGUCAGAGCUUGAGGAGAUCAAAGGGGAAGUGAAGACAACCACGCGGAUGUUUGAGACCCAGCCCAUGUGUGUCAUCAGGGGCGACUCUGGAAAUAUACUGGAGAUCACCGCCAUCCGCAGGGAAGAGAUGGAGAAGGGAGACGUGAAGACCUCCCGCUGGCUCUUUGAGACCCAGCCUCUGGACAUGAUCAACAAAGACCCUGCCAAGGUGAAGCUGAUCUGUGGAGUCUCCAUGGAGGACAACUCCCAGGGAGGCGUGAACCGGGGGAGGUGGCUGUUUGAGACAAAGACACUGGACUCCAUUAAAGACGAGGAAUGGCAAAGCAUCAGGCAAAAGGAGGAGAUUAUUGGAGCAGAUGUGCGGAAGCACUGCUUGGUUUUCGAGACACAGCAGAUGGAUACUCUGAAAGACAAUGCCAAUGCCAGACCUUUACCCUCAGAGGAGAUUGUAGGAGGUGAUGUGCGAUCAGCAAAACAUCUGUUUGAGACAGUGCCAAUGGAGAACCUGAAGGAUCUGGCUGAAGUAGGGAAACUUCAGAAGAUGGUUGCGUCCGAGGAGGAGAAGGGUGAUGUUAGACAUCAGAAGUGGGUUUUUGAAAGUCAACCACUUGAAAACAUAAGGGAGGAGAAGAAGGAAAUGACACGCACUAUAAACCUUGAAGAACUUGAUAAGGGCGACGUCACAAAUCACAAGGAAAGAUUUGAAACCUUGGAUUUAAGCAGAUGUGAGGGGGCACAGAGAAUCCAAGUUGAAGGUGUUACCAGUGGGUCUGUGAAAUCAAACAAAGUUCUUUUUGAAUCCACCCCGAUGUAUGCCAUGCAAGACAGCGAGGGACACUACCACGAGGUGAAAACCGUGCGACGUGAGGAGAUAGUAAAAGGAGAUGUUCGCAGCUGCAGGUGGAUGUUUGAAACACGUCCUAUCGAUGAGUUUGAGGAAAGUAUCAAUAAAUUCCAGAUUAUAAAAGGUAUAUCAAAGGAGGAGAUUGAAUCGGGCGAUGUCAAGACUGCCAAGUGGUUAUUUGAAACUCAACCCCUCGAUGGUAUUAAACAUUUUAGCAACACUGAAGAAGAUGAAACUAAGACAAAGGAGAGUGUUGAAAUUGAGAAGGGUGAUGUGAAAACCUGCAGGUGGCUGUUCGAGACUCAACCAAUGGAUAAUCUGUAUGAGAAAGCAGAUAAGGUGAGGAAUGAGACUGAGGUUGAGGAGGUCAACAAAGGGGACGUCAAAACAUGCACAUGGCUCUUUGAGACUCAGAACCUCGAUAACAUCUGUGACCAUUCCGAGUCCGAAUCAGAGACCGUUCUCAAAACCUGCACUGUCAAACAAGAGGACGUCCAAGGCAAAGAUGUGCAUCACGCUCGCUUCCUCUUUGAGACAGAGAACCUGGAGAACCUCACAGGGGAGGAGAGUGGUGCCUUCAGGAGAGUGACUAAGAUUGAUGUCCAGUCUGGAGAUGUGUCUAGGAUGAAGUUUCUCUUCCAGAAUAGGUCUUCAGACAUCAUGACCUCAACCUCAGCUGAAACGAUGCAUAAGCUGAAGACCCUGACGGCGGAGGAAAUUCAGAAAGGAAAUGUAGUGAACAACACGUGGCUUUUUGAAAACCAACCUAUAGACACUAUCUGUGAGGUUACAGAGGGAGCCAAGGACACUCGCACCGUAACCGAUGUGCUGGGAGGAAACGUUGGUCAAGGACGCUUCGUUUUCGAGACUUACUCUCUCGAUAAAAUCCAAGAGGAGUCCACCGAGACUGAGAUGUCAAAACUCCAGAGCAUCAUCAGGGACGAUAUAGAGAAAGGGGAUGUGAAAAGCUACACCAUGAUGUUUGAAAAUCAGCCACUGUAUGCAAUCUGUGACAAAGAGGGCCACUACCAUGAAGUAACCACUAUGACAAAGGAAGAAAUCAUGAGCGGAGACGUGGUGGGGGCCCGGUGGUUAUUUGAAACAAAACCUCUGGAUUCAAUAAGGGACACAGACGACGUCUAUGUCAUCAAAUCUGUCACUGAGGAGGACGUCCAGAAAGGUGAUGUCAGCACGGCCAGGUGGAGGUUCGAAACACAACCUCUUGAUGAAAUCGCCGAGGACAUGAAAGUGUUGACUAAAACAGUUGACGAUAUCCAGGGUGGUGAUGUGAAGACAAACAAACACCUUUUUGAGACAGAUCAACUGUCCCAGAAGUAUGUUAGAACUGUUAGUGUGAGUGAGAUCCAAAAAGGGGAGGUCAGGACUGCCUCGUGGAUGUUUGAAACACACAGCAUCGAUAAGAUCCGUGGCGAGGGCUCAGAAUAUGAUGAAAUGGAGACCGUGACAAAAGAAGAAGUGAUGAAAGGAGAUGUCAAACAGUCUGUGUGGCUCUUUGAAAAACAGCCGCUUGACAGCAUUAAAGAGUCAGACGGAACAGAGACUGUUGUCACCCGGGAGGAGAUCCCACAAGCAGAUGUAAAGACAACAACAUGGCUUUUUGAAACCACUCCUUUAACCAAAUUUAAUGAGAACAGUGUAGAAAGAACUGAAAUAAUGGGGAAGAGCAUCAAAGAGACCCUUGAAGAGCUGUAUUGUCAGAAAAUGGUUGACUCACAAGGGAUUCUCAUUGAGACGGAUGAGAUCGGAGAUGUCAGAAUGGCAAAAUAUAGACUCUUGAACCAAGAUGCUCCAGAAAUCCAGAAGGAGGAGGUGAUCAGAGGGGAUCUGAACAAUAUCAUGAUGAACCUCCUAAACAGACGAGAAAUGACAGAGACAGGGAUAGUCAUAGACCAGGACGAGAGAGGCAACAUCAACACAACAGUAAAACAGCUAUUCAACCAAGAAAAGGGAUUCAAUGUUGAGAAGGAGGAAAUCCUCAGAGGCGACAUUCAAGAGGCCAUCAACAACCUACUGAAGGAGGAGGGCUCCUCAAAACGUGGAAUUCUGAUUCAAGAAGAUGAAAAGGGAGAUGUGCGAAUGACUAUAUACUCCCUCCUCAAUAAGGAAGAUGGUGGUGGCAUUGAGAAGGAGGAUAUCAUCAAAGGCAAUGUCAGUAGGACCCUUCACAGUCUCUUGUCCAACCCAGGGUCAGAGGAAUCUAAAAGGAUAAGGGUGGAAGACACGGAGAGGGGUAACGUUAGCUUUUACUCCACCUGUAUUGAAUCUGGGGCACUGGAUUACCUCAAACAACUCCAGUUUGAACCUAAUGAGGAACAAGAACAGGCGCAGAAGGAACGUAUCAUUGGCGGCGACGUUAUGGAAACCAAAAUGACACUAAGGAAGAAUCAACAGCAGAUUGAACGCACAGUAGCUGAGGACGAUAUUGUCCCUGGUGAUGUCAACAACACUGUGAAGGUGUUCAUGAUGGAACCUGCUCUCUUGCUGGACAACCUACAGAAAGAGGAAAUUGUCAAGGGAGAUCUGAGGGCGGCCCUGGACUCACUGACCAAAACUAUUAGCAAGAGAGUCGUGAUAGAGAAAGAGGAAGUGGUGAAAGGGGACCUGCACACCACUCUGAGGUCUUUGGAGGAGGCUCAAAACCAAGCCAAGGAAAUGGAAAAGCCAGAAAUUGUCCGAGGUGAUAUCCGAGGAGCCCUCCAAUCAUUAAAGAAAUCGUCGACCACCAAGACUGAGGUAAUUGUUGAGGAUUUAGUGCCCGGCGAUAUCAAAGGCACCUUGAAAUCACUAGAAGAGGCUAAGCAGGCAGUGAAAGAGAUGGAAAAGGAGGAGAUUGUAAAGGGAGACAUUCAUACUGCGCUGAAGGGUUUGCAUGAGGCCUCGAGUGAGAAAAAGCUUUACCAGCACCAAGUGAGUGAACAGGGGGACGUGAGAGGCACAAUACAGCUGUUACUAGAACCAUCCACAUCCCCCCGAAUGCAACGCAGGGGAAGCACUGAGGGAGAUGUGAAGACCUCCAUAAAAUGCCUCUACGAAGGGCAGGGGCAGGACCAGGAUGAGGAGCAAUCGCAGAUGGAGAAGGAGGAGGUGAUAAAGGGAGAUGUUAAAGGAGCCAUAAAGAAUCUGAUGCAGAGAAAAGAAUAUUCCAAUCGGAAAGUACGAAAGUAUCCUCCCAGGAAAGCUCCUAGAGCUCAUGUGAAAAAUCCAUUACCCACACAGCAAGUGAUGGACCAUGAAUACUCAGAUGUGGCUAAGAAUGAGAACGUCACAGUCAAUCUAGCCCCUGCUGUGAAAAACCUGUCUCAGAGUCAGAGCAGUAAAUUACAGGACGCCACACAAAAGCACACUGGGACGUACACCGAGAACAAAUCAGUGAAGAGCAGCAAGACCCUCACCCAAGAGGAACACUCUAUGACAACACAGGUCCAAACAGUACAUAUUUUGGAGGACUCACAGCAGGAACAUGUAAAAGAACAGACUGAAGUUAAAGAACAGACACAGAGUGUAAAACAGAAAAUGCAACCCCCUCCUAAGCACAUGAUCAUAAAGAAGAAAAACCUGACCAAUCAGAUGACCGAUAAUACAUCAAUUAAUCAGAUGACAGAGAUUAAAGCAGCCAAUCAGAGGACUGUGAAUAAAGCAGCCAAUCAGAUGACUGAGAAUAAAGCAGGCAAUCAGAUGAUUGUGAAUAAAUCAGCCAAUCACAUGACUGAGAAUAAAGCAGCCAAUCAGAUGAUUGUAAAUAAAUCAGCCAAUCACAUGAGUGAGAAUAAAGCAUCCAAUCAGAUGAGUGUGAAUAAAUCAGCCAAUCAUAUAACUGAGAAUAAAGCAGGCAAUCAGAUGAUUGUGAAUAAAUCAGCCAAUCAUAUGACUGAGAAUAAAGCAGCCAAUCAUAUGACUGAGAAUAAAGCAGUCUCAGACAUAAAUGUGACGAAAGAAACACAGAGAGAAACACAAGUUUCAGACAUGAACGUGACCACACAGGUCAAAACAGUCAAUAUGUCUGAGUCCUCACAGCAGACACAUGUUAAAAAACAGGCUGUGAAACAGAGAAUACCACCACCCCCUAAACCCAUCUUCAUAAAGAAGAAAAACAUGACCAAUCAGAUGACUGGCAAUACAUCAACGAAUCAGAUAACUGAGAAUGAAGCAGCCUCAGACAUACAUGUGAUGAAAGAAACACAAAGCACAUCUCAAACUAAUAUUGUUUCAAAGCAAACACAGGAAACAAAAACAAUGAAACGGUUGCAAACAACCGUGACAGAACAUAAGACUGUUACACAAAAACACAACGUCAAAAAUCUGAAUACAAAUUUCCGGAACCUGGACGUGAAGGGAAAAGGUAUGAUAAAGAAAGGGACGCCUGAGAUUCAUUUCCCUCCUCCUCCCACGUCCCCGCCUCCACCAUCCGAGUCUGAGAUGUCUCUUCCUCCCCCGCCCUCACCAGUGGCGGGCAGCCCAAUGUCCCUGUCAUGCCAUAGCCCAAUGUUUCCCACAUCCCGUCCCCUGAUUAUGAGACAGGACAGUGACCUUCCGCCUCCACCUCCUCCACCCCCAGCAGAAUGCGGGGAGCCUGACUUUUUCUCUUCUCCCCCACCCCCACCCUCCGAGGCAGGGCAAGACUUUCUUCCUCCACCGCCCUCACAGCAAGAGCUGAACUCAAUGCCACACCAAGUGUCUACACCACCACCUGGAAAGCCAUUUAAAGCUAGGCCUUUAUUCAAAAUCCCAAAAUCAGAGCCACCCAAGAAACCAAUACUGGUCAAACCAAAAUGGCAGAAAAAGCAAGCAGUACCACCACCGCCUCCUCCACCUCCUCAGCCAAUGACAGUUCAGACAGAACAUAAAGAGGAAGCAGUAGUCAAGGAAGUCAAGAGUGAAAUUGGUUGUAAAAAGGUGGAAACUACAAAUACUACAAAUACUACCAACACACAGGUUCAAUCUGAUUUUACAGUGUCCAUGAAUAAAAUCACUUCACCAAUCCCAGUGGCAAAACCACCACAGGAAGAGUUGCCACGACCACCUAAAAAGGUAUUCAUCCCUCCAAUCAAAAUACCCCCACCUGCAGAGCCUGCCCCAGUUGCAAAACCUAAACCGUAUGCCAGUAAAUUCAAAACCCCACUGAUGCUGGCUGAGGAAAGGUAUCGUGUGCAGAGAGAGGAGGCUGAGAGAAACAAGUCACAAGACACAACUCCCGCCACUUCACGAGUCACAUCUCCCACCUCUCCUCCAACUAGUAUGAUACAAAUGAUGGGCUCAACCAAUGCUGCAAGUGAACAACACUCAGUUGCACACAAAACAGAGCAGUCAAAAGUGACCUCAGAGGUAACACAGGCUGAGGAAACUCAGUUUAAAAGCAAAGUAUGCAUUUCAUCACAAGAGCCGCCCAUGAAGAAAGCUCCAUCACAUAUCCCCCUGAGCAAACCUUUGAUCUCAGUGGGGGAAAAGAAAUCAACCUCUGGAUCUGGAAAUAUUUCCUCAGAUAAGAAACAUAUUACCACUGAUCAGUCCUCUAUGGUCUCUUCUGGGAAAGAACUCGCCUCAACUGUUGCCUCCAGAAAACAUCAGGCUGUUUCCACUGGCGAGCAUCAGUCUGUUUCCUCUGGCGAGCAUCAGCCUGUUUCAGUCCAUGCUGCUCACCCUCACCAUGAGUCCCACAUUAAAGUCCAUUCUGGUGCUAAUGUGAUUUCAUCCUCAGUAGCUGAGCAGCAGAGUGGUAUGAAUGCUAGCUCACGGUCUAUCAUCUCCACUCAGAGCAUUGUCCAGGAAAAUGUACAUCUUCAAUCCCAAUCCGCCGUCAUAUACAAAGCAGAGGAGGAAAAUAAUACUGACGCCUCUCUCACACAGAAAGUUACAAAAAAUCCAUCUCAGCCCACCAAAAUCAAAAUUCCAAAAGUGACACCAAAUUUCAAGGUGAGAACUGUGAAGUUGCCGAAGGAGAAGGAGGAGAAAAGCGAGGUGGUGGAAAAAGAUCAACGAGCAGUGAAAAACGAAUUACAUGUACAUCAAAUGGGUAUGGAGACUAUUUCUAAGAGUGAGACCAGAGUAGUUCAGGAGAGCACGCAGACGGCCACCAGUAGCUCAGCAAAGAAUGAAGUAAAGGUGGCGACGAAUGUGAUACAGGAGAAAGCUGAGGAAGUUGAAAAAACUGCAGCUGCCAAGGAAACAAAGCUGGAGAUCCAAAGGACGACAAAGGCAAAGCAGAAAGGCAUUAAAGUCCCUUUUCCCAAAGAGCCAAAGCUAGUUCCCAUGCCAGUAGCUCAAGCUCCAGGGCACUGCCACAUAUCUGUCUCCCAUAGUCAACAGAGCAUGCAGGAACAGCACAUUCAGAAGCAGGAGCAAGUGAUUGUUAAUGAGAGAGUAGUUCAACAGAGCUUCCAGAAACAGAAACAGCAGGUUCGCACACAGAAGCAGCAGGUCGAGUCUUUCCAACAACAAGGAGAAGUAAGCAAAAUGCAGCAGCAUCAGGAGAGGUCGAAGGCAGAGUCAACGGAUGUCUCCAUGAACAUUGCAGGGAAGGCAGCAGCACAGACAGAAGCAGCUCAAUCAAUGGCGGAAAGCUCAGCUCAAUCAGUGGAGGAGAGCACAGAUUCAGAGAAAUAUGUAAUGGUACAGAAGCUGCUAUUUAACAUUAAGAAGCUUCAUCCAGGGAAAAUGGAUUCAAACUCAGUGAGGACAAUACUUAGUGAGGUCCCUGUCUGGUUGAUGAGGGCGGAGGAAAAGCAUGAUUUAAAACAGGUUGCUGUUCAGCAGAAUAAGAAGAAGCUCACAGAGAUCAUUUUCCACGUGAGAAACUUAGCACAAGCAAAACUUGGAAACUUAGAAGGACAAAUGGCAGCCAUGGCAAAACAGGAUAGAGAACCGGCACCUGCAUCAUCACCUGCACCACCACCUGCAUCAUCACCUGCACCACCACCUGCAUCAUCACCUGCACCACCACCUGCACCAGCAUCUGAAAAGAAAGGAUUUGGAGGAGCAACAGCCAAGAUAUCUAAAACAACCAUUGGCUCAUCAAGAGUCGAAACCCAUAAGAAAGUGGUUGAGGAGAAGAAGAUCUCUCGUGAGAGCAAAAAGCCAGAGCUGACUGAAGUAAAAGGUCCUGAUCCCAGAGUUCCCUCUCCUAUGCUUGCAACGCGAACACCUUCACCUACAUUCAUCAGCAUUGAAUCAGUGAGGAGAACAGACUCACCCCUCAUGGUGACCCCCUCACCUCCUCCAUCAUACAGGUCUGGUGCCACCCCAACCCCAACCCCACCACCUCCCCCUCCCCGCACUCCUACCUCUCGGUUCUGUAGGGCCACACCCUCUCCCACCUUGAGCAGCUCAGAGAAGUUAGCCAAGUUGAAGGACACCACUGCGAAGCUCUAUAGGGGCAUGACCCCUCCCCCACCCAUGCCUGAGUUUCUGACCACAGAGCAUGCCUUUGACAGAGAGGAUUCCCCAGCGCUGAUUGAACCUGAGAUCCACAUGCAGACACAGGAGAUGGAGACUGGGACGACGACUCCGGAUGUGGCUGAUAUGGAUGACUCCAUGAUGACUGUCAGAGACAAGAAGUUCUUCUUUGAGGAAGCUCAGAAGGCAGAGGUGAGCAGGACAUACAUGCGGAAGGACCCCAUUGAAAUCCCGGAGCGCCUGGGUCCAGAGGAUCUCGAGGAAGUUCCUGAGGGUGUGAAUAUAGACAUAAUGAAAGAGGAUCUCCCUAGGCUUGACCUGUCAAAGCUGGUCAAUCAAUUUGAAUCACCACAACAGAAGCUGUUCAUCAGAAAAGAUCCCAUGAUCAUUACAGAUAGACUGGGAAGUGACACUGAAGAUCCAGAGGCAGACCCCAAAACGUCAAAAACUGAUGAAACACCUGCCUUCAACAUCAAGGCCAUCAAGAAUGCCUUUGACUUGGGUGACCAUAAUGCUCUCAAAGAAGUGAGAGAGAAACAAGAGGAGAGAGAGAGGCGAGAAUCAGAGUCUGCCGAACCAACGGGGCAUUCCGAAACCAAGUCCGUCACUGAGGAGUUCUCUGGCAUGGAUGAAUUUGGCAACAUAACAAGCGGGGUGAGGAGCGAGACCAGCAUGCACUCUGAGAGCCACAUGUCCCGUCCCCUCCCUCCCUCCUAUGCCGACGUGGUGAAAGGGACGGUUGAAGAGAUGGCAGUUCCUGUGGAGGCUGCCACAGAGGACGUACUGAAGAGCUUCAACCAGUCCUGGGCCGAAACAGAGAGUAUGUUCCAGAAUCUGGGAUUCAGUGUCUCAGAACAGAGGACAUCACAGAUUGUAACACACCAGCAGGAGACUGUCGUGACGGAAAAUUCGAGUUCCAGAGUCCGAACUGUGCACGGUGUGUCGGAAGAGGGUGUAUCCGAUGGAGUGUCUGGUCGCAGACAAACACAAUUUCCAUAAAAGCUGCUUCCGCUGUGAGCACUGCAGUGGCAAACUAAGCCUUGGCAACUACGCCUCUCUCCAUGGACGAAUGUACUGCAAGCCCCACUUCAAGCAACUGUUCAAGUCCAAAGGAAAUUAUGACGAAGGAUUCGGACAGAAGCCUCACAAAGACCUUUGGAGUGCUAAAAAUCAAGAGUAUU